GAGUACUUCCGGUCCGAGUGUUUUGAAUAGAUCUGUUUGUUUUGACAGACACCAAGAGCGAAAAUGAGCGGAUUUAGAGUUAAAGAAAAGCGAUUGGCCUUCCAACGGGUAGGAAAGUCGGCACUACAUUGCUGUGUCCCCUUUUGUACAAAUUCGUCACGUUAUAAUCGGGAGAUAAGUUUUCAUUCAUUUCCCAUUGAUGCUGAGGUAAAGACUCAGUGGCUAAACAAGAUCCGUAGGGACAAUUUCAGCCCCACAAAAAAUACCCGUGUGUGUAGUAGGCAUUUUCAACCAGAGAACUUGUUGGUCACUGCUGGAGGACUGAGAAGAUUACAGAAAGCAGCUACACCUCGUCUCUUUGCCUGGAAUAAUUAUGAGCUACCUACACCAAGACGAAAUGUUUGGGAGUGUCGGCCGAGGGCAGAGAGCCCUACCCCGGACUUGACAGCUGAGUCCGUGAUGGAAACAGUUGCGCCACCUGAUCAUGACUACUGUCUAACUCUAGCGACGGCAGUGAUGGUAAAUCAGGUGGCCGACGAGAACGAAGCCUUGAAAAUUAAGAUUAGGGGGCUCCAACUCCAGCUGGAAGUGUUACAACUGCAAGCUCGUUUCGGGAUACAACGCCUGGCAGGGUCAGACGAGGACAUUCGUUUCUACACCAGAUUUGCCUCAUACAAGCAUUUCCAAGCCUUUUGGAAAUUGGUGGAGCCUGCAGCCAACACCAAGAUGGUGCGGAUCACCAACGCCAAGGCUGCCUCUGCCAGCAGCUCGGAUUUCUCUCAACCAACAACAACGAAACUUCCACCCAUAGAUGAGCUGCUGCUGUUCCUCAUGCACCUGUCAGUGGGCCUACCUCUGAGGGAUCUAGCAGAACGGUUUGGCAUUCACCACACCACAGUCAGCAGAAUUAUUGCCACCUGGACACACUUCCUUUUCAACCUGCUUGGAAGCAAACGUCUGUGGAUCCCACGCGAAGUUGUCAGAGCUCACCUUCCACCAGAGUUUUCAGCUUUCCCUGACACACAAGUGGUUCUUGACUGCACUGAAAUAUUCUGUCAGACUCCAUCAUCUCUCCUGCUGCAGAGUGAGGUGUUUUCAACUUACAAGUCGCAUGCUACAUUAAAGGCCAUGAUUGGCAUGGCACCCCAUGGUGCUAUUACAUUUGUGUCUGGCCUGUAUGCAGGAUCUAUGAGUGACUGGGAGAUCUUCAAGCUGUCUGGCAUCGUGAACCUACUCACACCAGACAUGGCAAUAAUGGUCGACAAAGGGUUCCUUGUGGACAAUGUGGUUCAGUGCAAAGUUUACCGGCCUGCCUUUCUGUCAAGAAACACCCAAAUGAGCAGGGAGGAUGUCAGGCAGACUCAAUCCAAUGCACGUCUGAGGGUCCAUGUGGAUAGGUGCAUCAGAAGGGUAAAAGACAACAAACUCUUUGACAAAGUUAUACCACUGUCUUUGUGUGGAAGCAUUCAGGAGCUUUUCAGUGUGGCUUGCUACCUGGUCAACUACCAGAACUGGUAAAAGCAUGGGCAAGCCUGGGCAGCAAUGAUUAAAAGAUUUCUUCUGCCUUUCUUUAGGGCUCCCAAACCAAUUGUGUAUUUCAUUGUGGUCAUUACAAAAAGCAGUUAUAUGAUACUAUGUUUAGUAUCAUGUUGCACUCACUGAUGGCAGUGCUGAUAGUAAAUGAUGCUGGCUGAAAAACAAUGCAUAUUAUCAGCACUUAUAUUCCUUCAAGUUAAACCCAGGUUCCAUUUCAGUAGAUAAGGCUAUGCAUGUAAUCACAAUUGUUGAAUAGAACAAAUAAAAACUCUGAACAUGUUUGUGAAAACACAUAUCAGCUACUUAAACCAAAGC